AAAAAUCCAAUAAAAUUCCCGCUCAUUCCAGAAUUCGAAAAAUUUCAAAUUAAAACUUCAAGCACCAUCUACACAACUUUCUCUCACAACCAGACUCGAAAAAGCUAAUCACACAACUGAAAGAAUUGUAUGCACUGAUGUUAUCAGUGGCAGUCUUCUCCAAUCGUUAGCAAAAUGGAGACGGAAGUUAAGAGGAAACGCGUGAAAACAACCAUGGAAGAGAAGGAACUGGAGGGAGGAGGUGAAUCAGGUUUGGAGAUUGUAGAGAACGAAGAAACUGAGACAAAUGUCGUGGGAUCUGAAGAGAUGGAACUCAAUAUCAGUAAAAUUCUUGAAAAGAUUGACCGCUUCACUGAGAUGGUAUCUGAGGUACUGGAAUCAGGGAAGACAAUGUUCAAGGAACUCAGUAAUGAUUUUGAAGAGAAAAUGAUUAUGAUACAUAAGGAGCAAAUGGAGAGAUGGCAAGAGGAGAUCAAAGAAUUGCGGUUGCUUGAUGCCUCAAAUGAGGAGGCCAGUGCAAUCCUGCAUAAUGCUCGUUUUCUACUUCGGAACCCUCACUCUGAUUCUUAAAGGGCCUGCCGUUACAAUGUUGGAUGUCUCAAGCGUAAAAAGGAAGAUUGACAUUUUGUUGAUACACAGCUGACAGGAAAGAACUUACGAGCGACUUAACUAACCCAGAGAUAAAGAGUGAAAGAACUCGAAUUAAUUUUGUAAGCAGAAAUUAGACAAAAAGACGUAGGUUUUGAUGGUACCUUUUGCAAAAAUUACAUGAUCGAUAUAGUGUAAACAGAUACUUUAAGGCUAAUUUAGGCCGAACAACCAUCAACUUCCAAAGAAUGUGUGUUUUUGUUGGCACACUGAACCUCAAUGCAGGAACCUUGUCUUCAAUACUCCAUCUCUCCAUCUGUACCACUGCAUGAUUUGCAGGUUGUUUUCUUUUUCCUUAAAUCUCAAUAAGUUCCAAGGAUC